AUGUCCAAUUUCUACGGCAUGUACUUUGGCGACCCAGACCUAUUCCCAAUCUACGAGGCGCUCAACAAGCUCAACGUGACAAUCUUUGAGCAUCCCACGACGCCAUGCACUGAGUACAACCAUUUGAAAUAUGACAUCACCGCGGAAGCUCCAACAAUCACGCAGAAGGAAUGGCAGUCCCUCAAUAGACCGGUGGCAACCAGACAAUUUGCGGCCCCAACGCUCGACUUCCCUUUCGAUACAGCUCGCACUUUCGCAGACCUAUUCUACUCCGAAAUACCAACCCGAUUCUCACGCCUCAAAUGGAUCAUCCCACAUGCUGGCGGCGGCCUCAUCCCCACUUUAGAUCGGAUAGUUGGGUACAGUACUCUAUAUCCCCACCUCAACUUGACGCGAUCAUCCAUGAUAGCGACACUCGCGAAAAGCUUCUACUUCGACCUUGCCGGACCCUGGCCAGUCGACUCAGCUAUUCCAUCAUUGCUGCGAUGGGUUGACUAUACACAUAUCAUGUGGGGAUCCGAUAUUCCGUUUACGCCUUUGGUGGCCGCCGCAGCGGGAAUUUCGCAUUUGACGUGGAUGUUCAGGCGGUCAGACGUCGCAAUGCGGGGAGGCUACUCGGGUAAAGGUAUACGAGAGCUAUUCAGGCGAGGGGGCUUGGUCAAGACAUCCCUGCGUAAAUCCCGGCUAACUUCCGAACCGAAACACGUUCUGACAUCCCAGUACUCCGGCUUGGCUGUUUUAGGACAAGCGCGUUUCUGGUGCCUUGUCGGACCCCGGGCUGUACGUGUACCUUAG